AUGGCUAAAUGGUCUGUACUAUUCCAUCAAACUAUCUUUGUUGUGCAUAUUAUAUGGAUAGUCCGACCUGUUACGUCUGAAAAGUUUUUCCAAUACAGGGACCAUAGAGACCAAAAUUAUUAUCUGAAACAAGCCAAUGAAAAUAAGAAUGAAGUUCAAGAUGAAGUACAAGCAGAGAUGCAGCUUGAAAAAUAUGGAUACCUGCGGUGCAAAGUAGGUCGACGCAGACGGCGGUCGGUGGAUACACCGACACACAAUAGUUUUAAUGUUUUUGAGGGAAAUGGGAGAAGUUGUAGUGAGGACGAAAUUAAAACUGCAAUCAAAGAAUAUCAAAAGAAAUAUAAAUUACCUGAAACAGGUGUAGUAGAUGAAGAAACAAGAAAGUUCAUGAGCACUUCAAGGUGCGGGAACUCGGAUAGUGCCGACAACCCUGACAUUGAACCAGUCGAUGUUGCUGAUCUGGUUCCUAUUGAAGUUGUUAAUCCUCCUCCGAGUAAAAAACGGUGGAAAAGAACAGCCAAAAAUACAGUAUUAUAUAACUUAUUAUUUCCUCAAUUAACUCAAAGUAGUGUCAAGAUAUCUGGUAAAAGAAGAACUAAAUUCCUUUUAAAUCAUAUUCAAAAAAUUAAAAAUGAAGAUCCAAUAUGGCUGCGACCAAAGAGACACAAAAGAUUUGUUAACAUUCAUAUCAAUGAAACAGGACUGAACGGUGAAAAAAUAAGAGACGGUCAAAAAUUUACAAAAACGGAUAUUCGAUGGCGAUUAUUAGAGACUGGUUUCAGCACAAGAAUACCUUUAGAAGAUCAAAGAGCAAGUCUUAAUAUGGCAUUCCGCAUGUGGAGUGAGGUCAUUCCUCUCAAAUUCGAAGAGGAUGUAUCUGGUGAUAUAAAAGUCGUAGAUAUAGAAAUAGCAUUUGGACGAGGAUCACAUCAAAAUUGUGAGAGGAAAUUUGAUGGUAAUGGCGGUGAGAUUGCCCAUUCUAGAGAAAACGGUAGAGACGUUGUACAUUUCGACGAUGAAGAGGAUUAUAAAUCUAUCGAAUCAAUUACAAAAGAAAAAGAUGGGAUUUAUCUAUUACGUGUAGCUGUUCAUGAAAUAGGACAUGUGUUGGGACUAUCUCAUUCUAGCCAAAUCACAUCUAUCAUGUACGCUAUUUAUCAUCAGAGUCAUGUUAAUCCAGAUAAAGAAUUCGAGCUAACCUGGGAUGAUAGGAAAGCAGUACAGAAAGCUUAUGGAGUGUGUAGAGGCAAAUUCAACACAAUAUUCGACUGGGUAAGGAAAACACCUAGUAAUGGACUUAUCUACAAUACCUACUUCUUCAGAAGUAAUCAAUAUUGGAUGUAUGAAAAUCACGCUAAUCGUACUCGAUAUGGUGAUCCAUUAUACGUUGCCCAGGAGUGGAAAGGUGUGCCAGAUAAUGUUGAUGGAUACCUCCAUGUAUGGUACUUUGCUGGAACUCGAAUUAUUGACGAUACAUACUUCCUUAAAGGUGAAGAUUACUUCCUUUAUAACAGCGAAGAAGAUAAAGUUUACGAUGGUGGUACUGGAAAAAUCAGUGAAAAAUUUGGACCAAAGAAAGGUCAAGAUAUAGGCGUUCCGGACAAUUUAGAUACAGCUUACUUUGAUAAGCGAGAUAAAAAUAUAUAUUUCUUCAAAGGGGAUACUGUUUAUGUUUACGACCCAACUGAUGAAGAAGACGAAACAAAAGGUUGCUGCUUACGAAUUAGAAAAAUUUGGGAAGAGUUCCCUCCACUUGAUGGAGAACGUCAAAUUGAAGGUGAUUUAGACGCUGUAUAUUACUCUUACAAUGACACAACUGUUUACUUUUUUAAAGGAGAAGACGUUUGGAAAAACGAAUUAUUUCAUCCGAGGCAAAAGCAAAUCAAAAACGGGGUGAAAUAUGUGGGAAACUGGUUUGCACAUUGGUACGAUAUUUGUGACGUACGACCAACAUUUAGUCAUUUUGAAAUCCCAUCAAAUAGUCAUGUGUGAUUAUGUUUUUGUUUUCAAUGUCAAGGUCAUUCCAGAAGAAUACAUGUUGUAUUUCUAUCAACUUUUUACUUGUCAGUGGGGAAGACAUAGCUUGCUUGUAAUACAAGUUGCUUCUCUGUGAUUAUGUAAUAAGAAGUGACAUGUAACACAGUUUGUAAAGGUAUAUAAAGACAGCACUUGAUUAAUGAGUGUUUGUAUGUAUGUGUGCUCCAUCGAUUACAGGAGAAACAUUUCAAAUAACACAAGAGUAAUAUUGGACCAACAGUCAAUAGUGUCCUGAAGAUACUGAAACAUUCCCUUCAUUGAUUUAUCCGUAUAUAUGUCUAUAUUACAAACUGCUUUUGUGAUUACUGUGAAGACGUUUCAUGCGAUUAAACUGUGAUAACCUUUAUAUAUAUAUAAUGUGAAAUAUUUAUAAGCAUUUUUGUCAUUUUCGUAACAUUCUAUGAUUGUUGUAUUCUAAUAUAUAUAUAUGUGUAGUACAAUGUUGCCAUAUCAUGCAGUGAUACGUCAGAUUGUUUGACCAGAGAACACAUGUUACUCAAUAAUUUAGAUAUGUGUAAGCCCUCUGUUGGUUUCCUUGUACAACCUUCGUCAGAUUGUUUUACCAGAGAACACAUUUUACUCAAUAAUUAAGAUAUGUUUUAAGCCCUCUGUUGGUUUCCUUGUACAACCUUCGUCAGAUUGUUCCACGAGAGAAAACAUUUUACUCAAUAAUUAAGAUAUGUUUUAAGCCCUCUAUUGGUUUGUUUCCUUGUACAACCUUUUGUUUAGAUUGAAACUCGAAAUGUAUCGUGUAUUCAUUAACAGUUUCAAAAUAAUUAACGUUAAAGGCAAUAACAAUGGAUUAUAAUUGGGUUCCUUUGUAACGCAGUAUUGCUAAAUUAUAUGCAAAUUAAGAAAAUAUCAUGCGAAAUAAAAUAGAAACCAGCUUAUACAUUUUUGACUGCUUUUUUCGGUUAGAUUUACAAAAUCACUUAAAUGGUGGAUCAAUUUCUAUUCUUUUAAUACCAAGAUAAUUAAUAAACAUUAAGAAUUUGUGUUUCGAAUCCAAUUAUCAAAUUCAGAUGAUGUGCAAACUCUUUAAGACUUAUAAGAAUAAUAUAGAAAUCUAGAAAGAAAACAAAUAAUCACAAAUUAAAGUAUUUUCUUUUGUAAUUAUUCUAUUCGCAUACUGGAUGAGCUUUUGUUCUAAAUGAUUAUAAUAAUUUGAUUUGACAGAAGACAAGACUAUGUAAUGGAUGAAGAUAGGCGAAAACACUCCCCUGCCGGUACCUAGAUAUAUUUUGGCAAAGAAUUACACAUGCGAUUUAAUCAAUUGUUCUGGUGUAGAUAAAUGUAUGUUAUUUUUUUUUAUUGACAAGUGAAAACUGCUGUGUAAAUAAUUUGUUCGGUAUCAUUUUAGGUGAACCACUAAGAUUAUAUCAUUCUUUUUUUUAACAAUGGCGACCAAAUGGAUAAGUGCACUCAGAGUCCAUUUACAGUUGGUUUAAAUGCUUAACUAAACAGGCAACUUUUACCCUUGUGAAUUACAGGGUUAAUAAAUACGAUUAUUAAAACUAUUUGAAUGUUAACAUAUGAAAAGUGAGAUUUAUUUUAUCAGAUUGAAAUGUUCUGAGUCCAAGAGGUAACUUGAUUUUUAACCUCACUUUUUUUUUUUUAAAUAAUUCAUCAAAUAAAUUCAAACCAACUUCAUAAUCAAUUAAAUACCAGAAAAAUAUCGAAACAAAAGUUUUGAUGAAUCAAAAAUCCUAGUGGUAAAGCACUAACAAAACAUAUAUAAUAGGACAUAUACCAGCAGUUUUGAGGAUCUGCCGUUUUGCAACAAGAACUCUUUUUAGACUGGAACAAUUACCUUUUUUACUGAAUAACGUGAACCUCCACUUGAAUACAGAUUUCGCUGAGGCUUAUAAUCGAAAUUCUAUAAGAUCAAAAUAAAAUGUUUGUCUGCUUUGGGUUCACUGACCAGUUUGCGAAUAUAAAAUAUGAUUAUCAUUUUUUACAAAGUUGAACAAAGGUUACUAUUUAGAAAUGAUUCCCUAUACUGAAUAUAGCCUGAGUAUAUUGUGUUUAUUCGGUUGUUGAUAUUUGAUUUGAUGAUGUACACAUGAUUAUUUGUAGAACGUAGAAGUAACUUUAGUUCCCGUCCGUUGUAAAUAUUUACUAAUUUACCAAACUGUGCAAUAUCUCAUGCCGUUACAGCUUCCAUUUUUUGUAAUUAUUCUCAUCUUCACAACAGUGAUUUGAUUACUAUCAAUGCAUCAUAAUUUUGAAAAAAAUAUAUAUUAUUAUAUUCUAACCAUUUUUAUGUGAAGCAUCUUAUAGUUUGCUGAACUCUAGUUUAGAUCAUAGUUCCCAAUAAACUAAUUGAUAGUAGUAAAACACUGUUGUGACGUUGAUGGUAUUUUAUCAUUCGUUAUGUUUUGAGAUUAUAUUUUUCGUACUUUGUAUAAUAAUUGUGUUUUAUUUAUAUCAUUUGUUACGUAAAGAUCAAAAUAUUUGUAUUUAUUUAAACAGAUAGUCGUAUGCGUAAGUUGUGUCUCGCUGUGACUUUUUUACAUGUCAAUGUUAGAUAAAGGCAACAGUAGUGUACCGCUGUUCAAAACUCAUCAAUCCAUGGACAAAAAACAAAAUUGGGGUAACAAACUAAAACUGAGGGAAACACCUCUGAGAUGGUGAUGAUCUCAUAGAUUCGACUUAAAGUUUUUAUUGCAAACUUUUUUUUAUAAUCAAUAGUUUGAUUCGUUAUACUAAGUAGCUAAUAAAAAAGAAAUGCUAAAAUAUCAUAUAUCUAUACUGGAAAAAGAAUGAACAAACAAUCGAGUUGGAGAAACCUUUUUUUUUUUAAUUAAUAAAAAUUAACUGAGCAGUAGACAGUAGAAAGGACACAUAACUCUUAUAUGAAAGUAUUUUGUUGAUACAGAUCACGAUUCUAAAAAAGAGAUUUUUUUUAUUCCCGGUAAUUUGAUUUAAGUCUAUUUUUUAAAUGCUAACUUUCUCUUGUUUAAUAUGAUACCUAACAAUAUUAUAAGAUACAAGCAUGUAAACAGAAAGGUUUUGAAAUAUCACAUUUAUGCAAAUAACUUUCAGUUGUAUCUCUAAUGACGUUUAUUUGGCAUGUAUUCCUUAAGCGUCCUUCAUUAGUCAACUAAAUAUUUAUCAAAGACACCAGAGAUGUAGACACACUUGUUGAUUGGAAGCCAGCGAAUACCUGGUUUUGAUAGGAAGAUUUUCGCUUUAAAAUUAUAACUAGUAGUAUUAUUGCUCUUUAAUUUCUUUUUUGACUAAUAGAAAACACUUUAGUUUAUAGGGUGUCUAGUCUAUGUUUACCCUUAAGGUGAAUCUUGCUGAAAAGUUAUCUUUUUAUCCAUUUUUUUUUACCCAAAAAACACUGGAUAGCCACACACCAAUAUCGCUUUCCUAUGGUGUCAAAUUUAAACCUCUUCUACAAAACUUAUGAAUUCCGCCAUUGGAUAGUCCUUUUUAUUCUGAAGCAGACGAUACAGAAAAUUUGGUUUUCACCUAGUAACCCUAUUCAGUUUCACUAAAGUGUAUCGCACUGAAAACAUCAAUUGUUUUCUACAUAAUCAAUUUAAUACAGCAUUAACAUAAUUGCUUUUGAGAAGACACGCUGGUCUUACGCCAAUAUUACUUUAUUCUGUAGACUAUAAAACUUUACUAUGAACAAAAACUGUCCAAGAGACGACAUAUGUUUUCUUUGUUGAUUAUGUGAAGUCUAUGUUGUCAUAGGAAUGUAGAAAAAUUAAACUUUUUAACAUUUCAAAGUACAAAAGUAAAAGUUCAAAACAUCAAAAUGUACCUUUGAUAAGACUUUGCCUGCUAAAAUAAUGUGUUUCCCUAUUGAUUAGGAUAAGAUGUUUGCUUUAAUGAGGUUUCAUAAGAUAUUUCUGAGAGGCACAAAACAAAUUAUGAAUUUCAAUUUUCAGAUCUGCUAUUUCCUUACCUUUUCAUCUCUAGUUUAUGUAUUUUGAAUUUUUAAGCAGAGUUAAGAGUCUAAUUAAAUCGUAAAAUUGAAGCCAAAUUGUAGUGAGAUAUAGUGCACAAUUCUUAUAAUUUAACACUGGAAGUUAAAUAGUAAGUUGAAUUUAUUUGAAAUUUACAUCUUCUACGAUACGUGUUUCUCUUGAAAAAUCAAGAUUUUAAUGGCACAACAACAAGUUUUUAUUUUGUUUGUGAAUAUUUAGGAGAAUUUUGUAAAACAUCAUUAUCUAUGACUGUAUGUAAGCUAAACUUUGACGUUUGACAAACAAGAAUUGAAAGCGGUAUGUCAGAUUCAAUAUGAUAUUUUAUGGUAAUCUCUAACUUGUAUUCUGGUUUCGUAUAUAAUAAUACUCUGUCAGUACGAGAUCUAUUGUUAAUCAUAAAUGAAAUUAGUUCUGAAAAUGUUAAAUCAUCCUUAAUAUGUAUUUUGCAAGGAAACUAAACUUUAUUUUAAUUGGCCUUGUCAGAAUCUAAAGCAUUAUGAGAAAUUUCAUUUUUCUUAACCCAAACUGAAAAUAGCGUCACGUCAUUGGUUGUAUUUCCAUUGUUUACGAUGUGGAAAGGCUAUCACAAUGUAACAGUGUACGCUUCCGAAAAAUUAAACUCGAAAUACAAUAGAUUCUGACAGGCGAAUUACAACAGUUACGAUUUCACUUUCAAGGAAAACAAAAUUUAUGAUAUGUACAGACAAUACACCAUUGGACGUAUCAAGUCUUUUAAGGCAGAAUUGUAUCAAAUGGCAUGCCUAAAAAGGAGAGCUUGUAUCUAAAGAUGCAGCUUUGUUAUCUUGUUAAUAAAAUAAAAUUUAGUAAAAACUGAA